AUGAAGACUAACGGUAGGUAUGGCCACAAGAAUCUUGCUACUUCAAUACAAAGCACUGAUGCAGUUGAAGAAUGCAAAAUAACAAAUAGUUGGGCAAAUAAGACUUUAACUACUUUUGUAUAUACAAUAUUAUACAGAGUUGCUCAAAUGUCCCGGUACGGCAAGGUAUUUGGAAGUAGUAGCAAGGCCAUGUCUGAACAGAAAAAAAGAAAAGUAGAGACCAGUAAUGAUCCCAAUGUAUGGCUGAAGUGGUACCAUGAACUAAGUGAUGAAAGUGAUCUGAGUGAAAUCUCUAAGGAUGAAGAUGAAAGUGACAAAGAGGAAGAAAAUAUACUGACAGAGAGUGAGCAUAAUACAGAAUCGGAACAAGAGGUUGCGGAAAGUGAAGAAGUUGAAAGUGACGAAGACGUGCCUUUAGAUUCUUCUAGUUUUUACAUUGGGAAGGACAAAAUAACGAAAUGGAGAAAAGCGAAUCCUCCAAGAAAUGUGAAAACAAGGUCCCAUAACAUUAUUAUUCAUUUACCAGGACCCAAAGGUAAAGCACGAGAAGUGAAAACAGAAGUAGCAGAUUUAGAACUCUUUUUAGACGACAAUAUUCUCAAAACAAUUACAGCGUGCACUAAUAUUUAUAUAGAGAAAACACGUCAAGAAUUUACAAGGGACAGAGAUGCAAGGAGUACUGAUGAGAUAGAAAUAAGGGCAUUUAUUGGAUUGUUGUUCCUUAUAGGCACCAUGAGAUGUUCUCGUAAAAAUAUUCAUUUACUAUGGGAUAACUCCAAGGGAAAUGACAUUGAAUCAUGUUAUCUUACUAUGAGUGAACAAAGGUUCCGUUUCCUUUUGAGAUGUUUGAGAUUUGACAACAUCAAUGACCGUAACAUGCGUAAAGAACUUGAUAAAAUGGCAGCAAUUAGGGAAGUGUUUGAACUAUUCACCAAUAAUGUUGAGAAAUAUUUCUCACCGAGUGAAUAUCUAACUAUAGACGAGCAAUUGCUUGCGUUUAGAGGUCGUGCAGGUUUCCGCCAGUACAUCCCCAAUAAGCCAAUAGGAGAUGAGCAAAAUGUACCAGCAAUCGUUGAUCCAUACUACAAUAAGUUUAUAUGCAUAGAUAUCGGUGGCUUCGGGAAAAAUAGUGACGGGGGAAUAUUCGAAGCUUCUACCAUGCGACAACGAUUUGAAGCUGGGUCGAUGCACAUUCCAGACGAUAAGCCUCUACCUGGACAGAGGGAACCAUGCCCUCAUGUUUUGAUUGGAGAUGAAGGAUUUGCCGUUAAACCCUACCUAAUGAGACCGUUUCCAUAUAGACAGUCGAGAGCAGACGCUAGAAAAGAGAAAUACAAUACUGGGCUAUGCAGGGCGUGGAGAGUAGUGGAAAAUGGUUUUGGGAUUCUAAUGCUAAAUUAUAAAGCUCACUUGAGGCUUACUGAAUUGUGA